UCAGGAAGCGUGUGUUAUCUUACAAAAGCCUUGUGGAAUGCCCUGCUCUGACAUUUCGUAGAUUGGGAAGUAGCCCAGGAGGUAAACUGGAAUUGUGGGGAACAGCGCAUUGAAAAUUUAAACUUCCCGCAGGCAUUUUGCAACAUUGAAAACGGCUGAACCCGGUGUGCGUUGCAGCGCUGAGGGAGCGGCUCUGUCGGCAGCACCGCUUUCUGCUAACAGUUUAAAGCGACUGCACUUGAAACACGUUUGAUUGGUAGUAAAUAGUUUUGGCGGUUAAUGCAAGCCGCCUUUAGCGAGCGCAAGCGGUAACCGAUGAAUCGGCACCUCCAGGAAUCAGGAAAUGGUCUGCUGCUUGCGUGUGACAACUGUUAGUUUCCGAAAAUUCCUGAUUUAGUUUAUUCUUCUGUCAUUCGGUGCCCUCAGUAAAACUCAAUGGAAGCUGAAGCAAUGCCUCAGGUGAAGGAUAUGACUAACCCACCCGCGCCUUGUGCCUUCAGUCUCCACCUUUCCUGAUCUCUCAAUCCAUCGAGCCAGUCAUUGCUCUUCUUCCCAGAGCUGUUUACUGACAAGCUGAAGUUCUGAUAUGCUGCCGCAAAAAUGAUGAUGAAAAGACUGUCGACCACCAUCACCUUCUGUGGAGACAGCCCUGAAUCCCUGGAUGAUGCACGCAGGCCACUCCUUCUACUCUUUCCCUGGUAUGGAGCCAAGCCCCAUGCCAUAGAGAACUACCGGCAGAUUUAUUACCCAUAUGGCAUCGACGUUCUGACCGUGGAAUGCAGCAUCUGGCUCUUUCUAUGGCCACAGUAUGGCUCGUCCUAUGCCUCUGAGGUAUUGGACCUGCUCCAGAGUGAGCCUUUCUCCUCACGGCCCCUUCUCAUCCAUGCGCUCUCCAUCGGAGGAUUCCUCUUUGCCGAGAUGCUUGUAAUCACACGGAGAGAUGUACAACGUUACUCAGGUUUCGGGGCAAGGAUUAUGGGCCAGAUCUUUGACAGUUUGGUUGUGGGAGAUAUGGAAGUCCUUGCAAAAGGUAUUUCACAGGUGAUGGCUCCUCCCAUCCUCCAGCCAUUCCUCAAAAGGACCACACUUUUCUAUUUCUGGCUUUUGAGUCGUUACACAGUCAAACACUACGAAGCUAGCAUCAGAAGUUUCUGGGAAACACAGUACCACACCCGUAUUCUGUUAUUCUACUGUGAGAACGACUCUCUGAGUAACUACAAGGAAGUAGAGGCCCUGCUGUAUCACUGGCAGAGGAAAGGCAUCCCUGCAGUUGGGAAAAGCUGGAAGAUUUCCCGUCAUGCUGGCAAUCUGUCGCAGCAUCCUCAGGAAUACCAAAGCGCUUUGCAGAACUUCCUGCUGACCCUUGGCAUAAUUCAUUUGCCAUCCAAAUUAUAAAGGACAGUGAAAAGAACCAGGGAGCUCAGAUGAGACAUCAAACAGAGAACUUUCUAAGGUGAAAGUAAGAGAUCCAAGCGUCCUACUUCGAAGAACAGGAGGGAAGGUACCUUGGCCAAUAUUUAUCCUUCAAUCAACAUUGCAGAGACAGACUGUCUGGUCAUUAGCACUUUGUAGUUUGUGGGAGCUGUAUACAAAAAAGGUUGCUGCAUCUCAUUUGUUGAACUGUUGCAAAAAGAACUUUGUUAACUUUAAUUCACUUUGAGACUUCCUGAGGUCAUGAAAGUUGCUAUACAAAUGCAAGUUUUUAAAAAAAUCUGUUUUGCCUCAAUGGGCUUUGAGAGAUUACUAAAGAAAAUAAGAAUAAAGGCAUUUUUGUAAUUUAUUUUAGAUCACAGCACCAUUUGUAAAGAGAGAUGCAAUAGCAUGUACCACUGUUACCUUUACAGCAACUUGUUGAUUAUCAAUGUAUCAAGUGUCACAGAGAAAUUGUAUUUAUGUAACAUCAUUCACAACAUCAAGCAGCAAUGAGAUAAAUGGUUUUUUUUUACUGAUGCUCAUUGAAGGACAAAUAUUGGGACACCACCAGAGAUGAAUCUUCAUGCUCUUUCUCGAAUAGUGCAAUGGGAUUCUUUAUGCCCAAUGAGAGGAUAGACAGAUCCCUGGUCUGAACAUCUCUCAGAGAUAGCACUAGCAACAAUCUACUGCCCCUUAAUAUUACACUAAAGCAUUAGCCUGGAUUAUGUGCAUAGAUUCGGACCUCAAGACUGACUCAGUGAUAAAUGUUUUCCCACUGAACCAAGUCAGGAACACCAAAGAAUAUUUAUAUAUUGCAACUCUAUAAUUUAUAAUCAUGAUCAAUUCAAACUUCAUAUUGUCACUGUAAACAAAUAUAUUUGUUGCUUUCUGGCCUUUAUGUUUAAGAUCAUAGAUCAAAGUUUGAGUAUAUAUCAGAUGAUGUGGCAGUAAUGUGAUGCAAGCAUGGUGACUGAGUUCAGACAUCUAAUGCAUUUUUGUUUAUUCUUUCAAUGGGAUGUGAUGGCCACUGGCAAGGCCAGCAUUUGUUGUACAUCCCUAAUUGCCCUUCAGAAGGUGACUUUGAAUGACCUUCCUAAACCAUUCCGGUCCAUUUGGUAUCAACUUUCCUGUAGACUGUCAAACAACAGCGUGGCUUACUAUGCCCUUCCAGAAGGUGGUUAAGAGUCACCCACAUCUUGCUGUGGGUCUGGAGUCACAUGUAGGCCAGACCAGUUAAGGAUAGCAGAUUUCCUUCCCUAUCGUUUCCCUACAGUGAAUCAAAAAGGUUCAUUUUAAUCACAAUCAAUUAUAGUUUCAUGACCACAUAAGUGACAUUAGCAUUCAAUUCCAGAUGUUUUAUUAAUUAGUUGAAUUCAUUGUGUCCAACAGGCCCAUGUGAUGGACCCAGCAUGUGGAGGAGAGAGUUAGCAUGCUUUCUACUUUUGGAUGCUUCACGUUUUCAGCCUACACUGGUGGCUAGCAGCAAUAUGAGAAAGGGUGCCCAAUAUGUAAGUCCUUCCCUGUCAGUGCACAGCGUCUGCAUGAGGAAACCAUUUACCAUGGUUUCUCGUAGCAGCAGACAAAAGCUAGGUCCCUUGCAGUCCCAGCUUGAAACUUCAGAGAAACCUGGAAGAGAUUUGACCCCAUACAUACAUAUACAGGCCUACUGCCACUCGGGCACAACGUGGCACACAUGAAGCAAACUCCCAGCGAAAGGUCAAUAGGUCCAGCAUCUUGUGGGGAACAUGACGGGUUGAAAGCUAAAGAAAUCAUUUUUGGAUUGGAGCUGAAAGAUAGAUUGAUGUAUAAAUCUUUCCAAUGCCCUCUGCAAUCAAGCUCGCCCCAUUUUAGUGCAUUUCAUUUCUUUCUCCUCCAUCAGGCAGGACAAGAGGACACCCUGACAUUCGCACAGCCAGGGUCUUCAUAAACUUUGCCCAUGCUUACACCCGGGAAAGAAUGCUCCUGGUUCUUUGCAGAGCACUAGCACAAUACAAUAUCACAGUUAUAAGGAAUAAAACCAAUUCAGUUACCAUGACAGCGAUGGUAGGAACUGCAGAUGCUGGAGAA